UGCCCAUCCCCUCGAAGGCCAACGGCACCACCAUUUCCACCCUCUCAAUGAACAAAGAUGGCCUGAUCGGAGGGGUGACGAAUCCCAACGAGGUCUUCUGCUCCGUGCCUGGCCGCCUCUCCCUUCUCAGCUCCACCUCCAAGUACAAGGUGACCGUCGGGGAGGUGCAGAGAAGGCUCUCGCCCCCCGAGUGUCUCAACGCCUCUCUCCUCGGAGGAGUCCUCCGCAGAGCAAAAUCAAAAAACGGGGGUCGGUGUUUAAGGGAAAGGUUAGAGAAAAUCGGCCUAAAUCUCCCGGCAGGAAGGCGCAAAGCUGCCAACGUCACCCUGCUGACAUCUCUCGUGGAAGGUAAGA